AUGUCUGAUAAUUCGCUCCAAUAUUCUAUCGAGUUACGAGCAGCAGGUGCUGUCAACAAUUCCAGCCCGGCUUGCAUUCUUUCUGUUGUUGACCGCCUGCGGCUGUUGCGUGAAAGAGAGCAAGCCUGGGGGUGCCUCCAUUUCGCUGAAAGCACACGCAUUCCGGUGACAUACCAGCCACCCAGCUCCUGCAUUUACGAUCUCUCGGGAGGCGUCUUGGUGCUCGGGGAGCCGGGAUUGUUAUGGGGCGAGAAUCCUGCUGUUCGAGCCCUGCGGUUGACGGAGGCACUCAAGGCGGGAGUGGGACACGAUAGUAGAAGAGGUAUAAGUCCCGUGGAGCCAUACUGGUCCAGGGUUACGGCCGAGCCAGAUGUCUACAUCAUCGACUUUGGUCUCGCAGCGCAAGGCCAUGACCUCAUUGCGCUUGCGACCUAUAAACCGCAGGCGCUGCAACCGACUGAGGGCAUGGCAGCGAUCCGUCUUCAUAUCUUGCAAUUGUCUACGGGCCAACAUCACCCCAUCGCGUCCCAGCCUGUAAUGUAUGUGCUAGAUACAUCGAGCCUCCCUGAGGCGUCACUUGCCUGCGUUCAGAUUGUCGGCGAUUUACUGGGCAUCCUGCUAAUCUUCGACUUUGCUGCCCAUCCUGAUGAAUUUGCUCUCUACAACUGGAAAUCUUGA